CUUUCGCCCAGCUCCCGUGUCACACGUCUUCUCGCGGGGCCGGCUGUACCUGUCUCCUUCCGAUUGGCUGAGGUGAGCCCCUAGCCCUUCCUGAUUGGAAGCGACGACUGGGAGUACGCCGUCCUUUCUUUCGUGGAGUUUGGUUGAACCAGAGGCGCGGGGGAGAAUUGGGGAAACUGGGAUUCCCCGCGGAGCUGACGGCGCUUGCUCUCCCCCCUACUCGUUUUAAUUCCAGGCGCUCCAAAAUAUCCGCCAUGGAGAAAUCUUGGUCAGGAUGUCCAUUCUAGGUCCACUGGUGUCAUCCUGCUGAAGGCUGGGUCAGGCAUCCAGAGGGGCUGUGGCAAGGGAGGGUGUGACACGGGUCUAAUCUGCUGCCAUCAUCAUCACCAUCAUCAUGAACUUCGAGGUUCUGGACCCUGGACUGGCAGAGUAUGCCCCAGCCAUGCAUUCUGCCCUGGAUCCUGUCCUGGAUGCCCACCUGAACCCAAGUCUGCUACAGAAUGUGGAGCUGGACCCAGAGGGAGUGGCCUUAGAGGCUCUUCCCGUCCAGGAGUCAGUGCACAUAAUGGAAGGUGUCUACUCUGAGUUGCACAGUGUGGUGGCUGAAGUGGGUGUGCCUGUCUCCGUCUCCCACUUUGACUUGCACGAGGAGAUGCUGUGGGUGGGAAGCCAUGGGGGCCAUGCCACGUCAUUUUUCGGCCCAGCUUUGGAACGCUACUCAUCAUUUCAGGUCAAUGGCAGUGAUGACAUUCGGCAGAUCCAAAGCCUGGAGAAUGGCAUCCUUUUUCUUACCAAGAACAACCUGAAAUAUAUGGCCCGUGGAGGCCUCAUUAUAUUUGAUUACCUGCUGGAUGAGAGUGAAGAUAUGCACAGUCUGCUGCUGACUGACAGCAGCACUCUGCUCGUUGGUGGGCUGCAGAGCCACAUAUUGGAGAUUGACCUUAACACUGUCCAGGAGACUCAGAAGUAUGCAGUUGAGACACCUGGAGUCACUAUCAUGAGACAGACGAAUCGCUUCUUCUUCUGUGGCCACACAUCUGGCAGGGUGACUGACUACGUUCCAUUUUUCCUCCCACCAUGGGGCCCUGUUUCACCAGAUAAUGUUUCCCUGCGAGACCUCCGUACUUUUAAGGUGGAGCAUGAGUUUGAUGCCUUCUCAGGGAGUCUGUCGGAUUUUGAUGUGCACGGCAACCUGCUAGCCACUUGUGGUUUCUCCAGCCGCCUCACCGGCCUGGCCUGUGACCGUUUCCUCAAGGUGUAUGAUCUACGCAUGAUGCGUGCCAUCACCCCACUUCAAGUUCAUGUGGAUCCUGCCUUCUUACGCUUCAUCCCUACGUAUACUUCUCGUCUUGCUAUCAUCUCCCAGUCAGGGCAGUGCCAGUUUUGUGAGCCCACAGGCCUGGCCAACCCAGCAGACAUCUUUCACGUGAAUCCUGUGGGGCCUCUGCUAAUGACGUUUGACGUGUCAGCCAGCAAGCAGGCCCUCGCCUUUGGGGAUUCUGAGGGCUGUGUGCAUCUCUGGACUGAUUCCCCUGAGCCUUCCUUCAACCCCUACUCCCGUGAGACCGAGUUUGCUUUGCCCUGUCUCGUGGACUCACUGCCUCCUCUGGACUGGAGCCAGGACCUGCUGCCUCUUUCCCUCAUCCCUGUCCCGCUCACCACUGACACGCUUCUCUCUGAUUGGCCUGCUGCCAACUCCGCUCCAGCUCCCAGGCGAGCACCCCCUGUGGAUGCAGAGAUUCUGCGCACCAUGAAGAAGGUGGGCUUCAUUGGCUAUGCACCCAACCCCCGCACCAGGCUGCGCAAUCAGAUUCCUUACCGACUCAAGGAGUCUGACAGUGAAUUUGACAGCUUCAGCCAGGUCACUGAGUCACCAAUAGGGCGGGAAGAGGAGCCACAUCGCCACAUGGUCUCUAAGAAAUACCGCAAGGUGACUAUCAAAUACUCCAAGCUAGGGCUGGAGGACUUUGACUUCAAACACUACAAUAAGACGCUGUUUGCUGGAUUAGAGCCCCACAUCCCCAAUGCCUACUGUAACUGCAUGAUCCAGGUGCUCUAUUUCCUGGAACCUGUUCGCUGUCUAAUCCAGAACCACCUUUGCCAGAAGGAGUUCUGCCUAGCAUGUGAGCUGGGCUUCCUCUUCCACAUGUUGGACCUCUCCCGAGGUGACCCUUGUCAGGGCAGUAAUUUUCUUCGGGCAUUCCGCACCAUUCCUGAGGCCUCGGCCCUUGGUCUGAUUUUGGCUGACUCGGAUGAGGCUUCAGGCAAGGGCAAUCUGGCCAGGCUCAUUCAGAGGUGGAAUCGCUUCAUUCUCACUCAACUGCAUCAAGAUUUGCAGGAGCUGGAAGUACCCCAGGCUUAUCGAGGUGCUGGAGGCAGCAGCUUUUGCUCAUCAGGAGACUCUGUCAUUGGGCAGCUGUUCAGCUGUGAGAUGGAAAACUGCAGCCUCUGCCGCUGUGGCAGUGAAACUGUGCGAGCCUCAUCCACCCUGCUCUUCACACUCUCCUACCCUGAGGGUAGCAACAGUGGUAUACCCUGCAGCUGGGUUGGGAAGGCUCCCCCAGAUGUCCUGUACCAUCAGGGAGAGGGUGUUGGGGGGCUAACAGUGGGUACAGGGAGGACCUGGAGUGAAGCAUCCAGUUUCCCCUCAGAUAAAACCGGGAAGAAUUGUGACUUUGCUCAGGUGCUGAAGCGAAGCAUCUGCCUGGAGCAGAAUACACAGGCCUGGUGUGACAACUGUGAAAAGUACCAGCCUACGAUUCAGACCCGCAACAUCUGCCAUCUCCCAGAUAUUCUUGUCAUCAAUUGUGAGGUGAACAGCUUGAAAGAAGCUGAUUUCUGGAGAAUGCAGGCUGAGGUUGCCUUCAAGAUAGCAAUAAAGAAGCAUGGUGGGGAAAUCUCCAAGAAUAAGGAGUUUGCUUUGGCUGAUUGGAAGGAACUAGGGAGUCCAGAGAGCAUGCUGAUGUGUCCCUCCAUUGAGGAGUUGAAGAAUGUCUGGCUUCCUUUCUCCAUUCGAAUGAAGAUGACCAAGAACAAAGGGCUGGAUGUUUGCAAUUGGACUGAUGGGGAUGAGAUGCAGUGGGGCCCAGCCAGGGCAGAGGAGGAGCAUGGUGUCUAUGUGUAUGACCUGAUGGCUACUGUGGUACACAUCCUGGACUCACGUACAGGGGGCAGCCUGGUGGCUCACAUCAAAGUUGGAGAGACCUACCACCAGCGCAAGGAGGGUGUUACCCACCAGCAGUGGUAUCUCUUCAACGACUUUCUCAUUGAACCUAUUGAUAAGCAUGAAGCUGUGCAGUUUGACAUGAAUUGGAAAGUGCCUGCUAUCCUUUAUUACAUCAAAAGGAAUCUUAAUUCCAAAUACAACCUGAACAUUAAGAACCCUAUCGAGGCAAGUGUUCUGCUGGCUGAAGCCUCAUUAGCACGGAAGCAGCGGAAAACACAUACGACCUUUAUUCCCCUGAUGCUGAAUGAGAUGCCACAGGUUGGGGACUUGGUGGGCCUGGACGCUGAGUUUGUCACCCUUAAUGAGGAAGAAGCAGAGCUGCGCAGCGAUGGCACCAAGUCUACCAUCAAGCCAAGCCAGAUGUCAGUAGCGAGGAUUACCUGCGUUAGGGGCCAGGGACCCAAUGAGGGUAUCCCCUUCAUUGAUGACUACAUCUCUACCCAGGAGCAGGUGGUGGAUUACUUGACUCAGUACUCAGGGAUAAAGCCAGGAGACCUUGAUGCCAAGAUUUCCUCUAAGCACCUCACAACUCUAAAGUCUACCUACUUAAAGCUUCGUUUUCUCAUAGACAUUGGAGUCAAAUUUGUGGGUCACGGUCUGCAGAAGGACUUCCGGGUCAUCAACCUCAUGGUGCCCAAGGACCAAGUCCUUGACACUGUUUAUCUAUUUCACAUGCCCCGAAAACGAAUGAUUUCCCUGCGAUUCCUUGCUUGGUACUUUCUGGACCUGAAGAUCCAAGGGGAGACCCAUGACAGUAUUGAAGAUGCCCGCACAGCCCUUCAGCUUUACCGAAAGUAUCUGGAGCUAAGCAAAAAUGGCACUGAGCCUGAGUCCUUCCACAAAGUGCUCAAGGGCCUUUACGAGAAAGGCCGAAAGAUGGACUGGAAGGUGCCUGAGCCCGAGGGCCAGACAAGUCCCAAGAAUACAGCUGUCUUCUCUUCAGUGCUGGCGCUCUGACCUCCCCCUCCCCCAACGAACAGUGCCCUCUCCCUUCAGUUUUCUGUGGCCCUAGAAGUGGGAGAUGGCUUCCCAAGUUGGCUAUACCCUGUCUACUUCCAGAAUUGGACUUGCUCAGGGUCUACAGAUGGUGCUAUUAAUAGAACUGGAAUGCAGCAGAACUGUUGCAAAGGGUCUAGGAGCCAGAUUCCUUUUUCAUCCUUUGCAAAAUAGUGGGCCAGAAACAGAGUCUAGAAUUGACCCAGAUGGAAAGUAAUUCAUGUUCUUAAUAAAUAUCCUGGGUAAUUAAUGCCCAGGCAAAGAAGCUCCUGGAACCAAAACUCUCAUUUUCUAGUUGGCUAAGUACUGAAGUCCCGGACAAUGACAGGAUACAACAAUAGCUCAAGACCUAGCUUAAGUCUUGACUGCUUGAGGGUUGCCUGGAGGGGGCCAGCAUUUAGAGUCUGGUGGUCCCAAGCAAACCAGUGUUGCCAACAUUAUUAUUGCCGAAAGGGCCUUUGGGUCCUAACAAAGCUUCGCUGCUGGCUUCACUCCUGUUGACAGCUGAGAAGCAUCUGUCUUCCAUCCACUCUCCUAUCCCAGGUUUUGUUUUCUUGUUAUUUUUUAAAAAUUUUGUCUUAAAUUGCAUGUUUUAUAAAAUAAAAACAAA